AUGGAUGAUUUGGAUCUACCAAAAGAUGCAAAAUACAAAAGCUUUAUUGCACAAGUUGACAAGUCCCUCAAAAGUUUUGAAUACUCUACGGAAUGGGCUGACCUUAUAUCUGCUCUAGGACGGCUGAUUAAAGUCAUUCAGUCAAAUACAAAAUGUGGUUACGUUCCUCGAAGUUUUGUUAUUGGUAAACGUCUCGCCCAAUGUCUUCAUCCUGCUCUACCGGCUGGUGUUCAUUGCAAAGCGUUAGAAUGUUACGACGUAAUUUUUCGCACUAUUGGACCUGAACGUGUCGCCUAUGAUUUGUAUGUUUAUGGUCCAGGCUUGUUUGCGCUACUCGAGCCAUCUGCUAUGACGGUUAAGUCACCACUGUUCGAUAUUUAUGAAGAACACUUGCUUCCUCUUGGGAAAUUGCUUCAUCCAUCAUUUUUAGGACUAUUAAAGGGCUUACUACCGGGUUUGGAACCAGGCGCGGAAUUCUCUGAACGUGGAAAUCGAAUGUUAGAAAUGUUCAGUUCCUCUGUGGGAUCUGCAUUCUUUUAUACGUGUUUGUGGGAGCUUCUAAUUCGAUGUCCAUCUAUACGACAAUAUGGAAUUUCAUUUAUACUCAAUCAUUUAAACAAACGUAAAUCAUUAGAUAGUCAAAGUUAUAUUUAUGGUUUAGAUAAAAAUAUUCUUGUAGAGAGUUUAUGUUGUCUAUUCGGUGACAGUGUUCUACUAGUACAACGUGAUGCCCUUGAUUUUAUUCUGUUAGCAUUACCAAUACAUUUUUAUUCGAAAACAACAGAGCGUAAUCCAUUUCAGUUUAUCACUAACAAAUCGUUAACAGUGAAAGAUUUCGCUAUGUUAUGUACAGCUUCGUUGUCUAUUUUACUACGUCGUGAUGCAUCUUUGAAUCGUCGUUUAUUUAUUUGGCUUAAAGGUAGUCAGUCAGUUGAGGGAAUGGUUGUGGAUAGUUUAGAUAACCAAUCAAUGACAUGGGCAGACAUAGUCAUGGAUAAAGUGGAUGAUAAACAUGUAUUGGCAUUAAAUGAUAAAAAUGAAAAUAAUAGUCAACGUUACUUUAAAUUAUACUCACAAAUAAUUCUUACAGAAGCUGUACGUCGUUUAAUCUAUAAUCCUACUUGUUUACCUAUUCCAUGUCAAUUCAAUGAGAAUCAUUUGAAUUUUUCUGCUAAAUUCACAUUUGGAUCAGAUUUAUCUGCAUUAGUUAUAGAACGAAGCAUUUCCGAGCGUCCAUUUCGUGUUUUAGUCGGUCUAACUGAUCAUCCAGAUAUAGCUCAUGGACUUUUAGAUAAUUUAUUAUUAGAUAUAAUGUGGUAUACUUAUGAAGGUUAUUUAAAAUUACGUUGGCAAACUACAUGUUGUUUGAUGAAUUCAAACCAAAUCAAUAAAUCAUCACAUCGUGAUUCAACAUUAACUAUAUCCGAUUUAGUAAAUCGACCAAGUUUAUGUGAUAAACAAUUACCAAGUAAUAUGACAAAUCUAAUUAAAGAUUAUAUUUUAAUUCGUGAUAGUGCAAAACCAUCGAGUUUACGAAUAGAUAAUCAAGGUAGAAAUUUAGAAUAUAAUGGAACAACUUUAGUCGAUAGAGAAGAUUCAUUACCUUCAAAUGAUUCAAAUAUCAAUAAGAUUUCAAUACAACAUUCUAAUAAUCAUACAACUAUUACUACUACUAAUACUAAUACUACUACUAAUAAUGUUGUUGAUGAAUUCUUACGUACAUCACAUUUAUUUUUCAGUAAUAUAAGUAGUGAAUUUUUAUGGAAAUUUAUUGAAAAUCAAUUUACUGAAUCAUUGAAUUUAUCAUCAAUCAUAACAGUCAAUACAAUCGGAUCAAUGAAUAUACAUCCUAAUAAGAUUAUGUCAUCAUCAUCAUCAUCAUCAUCCAUUGAAUAUGAUAAUUGGCAACAAUCAUCAUUGAAAUUAUCAUUAAUUCAAUGGUGUUCUAUAAUAAAUUUCUUUUUGAAUUGUUUACCAAUUGAUAUAUAUCCUAAUGUUCGUAGUCUAUAUCUUCCACAUUUAAUUAUUCAUUUAACUAAUUGUUUAGUUGAAAAACUUCGAGUUAAUUGUAACCUACAUUAUCAUGAUCAAUCUUUAUUAUCACAGGAAGGUAGUUUCUCAGAGUAUAAAUUAACAUCUUUAGAAUGGGCUAGUAUAAUCAAUUGUUUAGAUACGAUUGUACAUCAUAUACGUGAGUAUGCAGUGACAAUAUUUGAUCAGUUAUCGAGUCCAGUCAAUUUAAAACGUCAAGAGGAAUUAUUAUUAUCAAAUAACAGUAAUAAUAAUAAUAAUAAUAAUAAUAAUAAUAAUAAUAAUAAUAAUAAUAAUAAUAAUUGUGGUCAAUGUAAUGAGAUCAACAGUAAUGAUAGUAUUGCUGAUAGUCAGGAUAAUCAAAUUUCUGAGGAAUUAAUGAUGAUUGCUAAAGCAGUUGGUCAAUUUCGACGAUUUCUUGGCAUAUUCUGUAUUCAUGUCUUAAAUUUUUCACCAGUUAAAAUGAAUGAAUUUCUUCGGAAAAUUUGUACGGAACAAUGUGAACAUGAUUCUAGUAUCAUUUCGAAUGAAGGAGAAAUAAACAAAAUGAAUGAUAAUAAUGAUAAUAACAAUGAAGAUAUAAUUGACAAAGAAGGUGCUAAAGAAAAAUCUCAUGAAAAAUCUGUAUUGAAACAUAAUCAUCAAGUGUUAUUACCAUCGUCUUCAGUCAGUUGUAUAGAUCUUUUUGCACAAAUUUGUCGUCUUAUUGUGGAGAUGUCCAGUUUUCCUUUAUCUAUUAUGCAUCAAUUUAAAAAUUCAUCAAUGUCACCUAGAAUAAUUUCAACCAGUAAUUCUGAUCUUAGUAUUUUAGAUUUAUUCGGUGGUGAACUUAUACGUCAUGCUGAUACAGGUCGUUUCAUUCUACCACAAUGGCUUGUUUGUUUAUUGUAUGCAUCAUGUGAUCUAGAUAAUUUCAAUAUUAAGUCAAUUGCUUUGUAUACACUGAUUGAAUUAUUUCAUGCAGCUGUUUCUAUUCACGGUUGGAGUACAGAAUUGAAGUAUUAUUCUAAUGACAUCAAUACUAAUAAUAAUAAUAAUAAUAAUAAUAAUAAUAAUAAUAAUAAUAAUAAUAAUAAUAAUAGUGCUGGACAGAUCCAUCCAGGAAACAAUAAUGAGAAUGGUGAUAAAGUACUUCCCAUAGAUGAUAAACAUGAAGCAAAUCGUGGAAUGCGUUUAGUAUUUCCUGUGCUAAGUGGAGAAUUGAUGUCAUAUCUUUCUCAAAAGACAAAUUUAUUCAUGUACUUGGGUGUUUCAUUAUGGCGUUAUCUAUCACCAGAAUAUUCUACUUAUCAUGAUGAUGCAACAAGUUUACUUGUUCGUCUACAUCAAUUAGCUCCUCCAUUGCCAAAGUCUCUUGCUUGUCAAUUAACUCCCAGAAUAUCAGGAAUCACAUCUACUAUCAGUUCUUGUAUUGAAGGCUUCAUUCUCUCUCAAAUGCUUUCAUCUGAUUUAGAUAUUAAAAUAGAUGCACAUUCACGUUUUAUUUUACUGUGGCAUUUAUUGAGAUACUAUGGAUCACGUGUUCAAUCAAAUAUUCAUCCAUUGACAAACACUUCAACUAGUAAUUCAGUUAAUCAGUUUCCGGUUACUAAACGAUCAUUACAUUCUUCAGUUCAUGAUUCUUUUAGACUAAGUGGUGUAUCCAAUUUCAUAGCGGCUGUAUCAUGGAGGCGUGCAUUUCUUGGUUUGACUGGAGACAAUAAAGUUGGCAACAGUGAUUUAUCAUCUCCUAGUUUAGGUUUGUAUGAUAUUCCUUUCUAUAGAUGUACAUUACUCCUAUUGGAUAAUUUAGAUUAUGAUAAUCCAUUGGGUCCAAUAAGGUCAAUUAGUUUAACAAGUCUAUCACAAUUGAAUGUAAAUGUCAAUAAAAGGCAAAUAAAUAAAAAUGAAAAUAUUAAUAACAAUGAAGUAUUUCAUCAAAUUGAUCAUUCAAUUAAUUAUGGAAAUUCUAUACUAAGAGAACAAUCUAUUCUAUGGAUAGAGAAAGCUUUAAGAACUGGUCAAAUAGAUCGUUUGAUUAUACCAAUUUUAGCUAUAUUAUUACAUCCUGGAACAGCUAGAAUUAGUUUAAAAUCCCAUGUAUUAAAACAUUAUUGUCAACAGAUUAAAGUGUCAAAAUCCAAGAAAUCAUUGAAUGGUUCUUUAAAAUCAGUUGAUACAACAGACAUUGACUGUAAACCGCCUUCAUAUGAAGAAGUUGUUAAUAAAAUGAAUACAACUAGUAAUAAUUCUGAAUUUCCACAUAUUAACACUAUUCAUACAGAAACACCAUUUAAUCUAAUGAAUUCAAUCCGUGAGAAGUUUCAACGAUUUCAUUCUACGACGGAAUUACUAAAUAAAACAGAAGUAACAAAUGAAAUAAAUACAUCUAAACAACAAGCUGCUGAAGCUGUUCUCAACUCUGUCCUAUCGAUGCGUUUAAUGAAAGAUGAAAAGAAUCAUUCAUUGCUAGAUUAUGUAACAGAUUGGCAUCAUGAUUCUAGAACACUUUCAAUGUUACCUGUCAAUGAACAUUUGUUAGUUUAUCUACAAAAUUAUGAUCCCAACCAAGUGAUUUAUGCUUUCUCUCGUCUUCGAGCAAUUCUAUCUAUAACUCCUACUUUAUUUGUUCGUUCACUUGCAUCAUGUACAAUUAAUUCAAUGUUUAGUUUUAAUUUAUAUGGUUUAAAAUUUAUUGAACUUUUAUCAAAACAUCGUCGUUCUAUGGCUGGUUGUAAUUUUUUUUCUACUGUCAGUUCAGAAGAAUUAAGUCAAUCACAACAAAAUUAUACAAAUUUAUUGGAAUUAAUUAUUGAUUUAUGUUUACAAUAUAUGUGUAGUUAUUUACCUUUUAUUACAAUGAAAACAAUAUCAACUGUCAAUACUAUGAUUGAUGAUGAUGAUGAGGAGGAUGAUAACAAUUGUAGUACUUCAUCUAUGAAUAACAUUCAUAAUUGUUCCAUUAAAUUUGGUCAUCGUUUCGGUUAUUCUAAAAGUGAAUUUCGUGCUAAUCAAUUUGUACAGAAUACAGCUGCAGAGAUUUUAACAUUGAUUGUUGAACAAUUAGUAUCGAUACAAGACGAAUGUUUUAAUCCGUCACUGAUAAACUCAGCUUUAAAGUCCAAUGCCAGUUUAUCCAAUGUUAAGAAUUCCUCUUCUAGUACACGUAUACCAGAAUUAUCAUCAGUAUAUUCAAGUGGGUCUACAAAUUCAAAUGUUGUUCCUCCCAAUACAAUUACAUUUUCAUCUAUGAUUCAACAAGCUAAUGGACGUCGUCUUGUACAAAAUACCUUAUAUCAUACUUGUAUACCAUCUGUUGUUCUACAUUGUUUAGCCUCUUGUAUUACAAAAGUACAUUGGCCUAAAACGGAUAAAAACUGGUCGGAUUAUUCAACAUCAAAUGGAAUCAGAAAACUUCCAACAUGUUUACAAUUAAUACUUGUUAAUGAUCAAUUAUCAAAUUUGUCGAAUUCAUUUCAAACUACACAAUUACAAACUUUAUUAAAAUUAUUCAAUGUUAUUCUUCAUUUAAAACCAUGGUAUGGUUAUUCUGAUCGUAUGUCUUUAAUGAAAUAUCAUUAUGUAUUACAACAAAAUUGUCAAACAUCAACAGAAUUAUGUAAUGCUAAUACUACUAAUAAUAAUAGUAAUUUAUUAUGGCCAGUAUGUCCAAGUAUAUUACUAUUAGAUAAUGAAUUAACAAGUUAUGAUUUAUUAACUCAUUAUAUCACUGAUAUUUGGUCAAUCGCUUGUAAUCAAUUACCAAAUACAUUAAAUCAUCAAUCAUUAUUUCAUAUGAAUUGUAUUACAACAUUAUGGUGGUCAUCUAACUCGACUAAAACUUCUUCAUGUAUUGAAAAAGAUCAAUUGAAUUUAUUCAUUGAAUUAUUAUCGAUUGGAUUAUCAUCACCAUUAUCAUCAUCAUCAUCAUCAUCAUCAUUAUUAUCGAAUGAUAAUAAUACACCUAAUUAUUCAAGUUUUUUCUUAGCUCGUUUAGAUUUACAUCCAUUAUGGUAUUGUUUUAUAUUUAAAAGUUUAUCUUAUUGGGGUUGGUUUAUUGGAUCAUUAAUACGUGUUACUAUUAAACAAAUAUGUUCAAGUUUAAAUAAACUAUGUGAUCGUGUUUGUCAGAAUAUACAAACACGUUGUAAUAAUAAUAUUAGAAGAUCACGAUUAUCAAAUACAAAUGAAUGGGAGCUUUUACCAUCAGACUAUACAUUAACUGUAUUAGCUUUAAUUCAAGGUAUUUGUCAUGCGUUCCUUCUGUCAGUUGGCAAUGCCUCUUUACCGCUUAUGUCAUCUCGAAAAGUGAAUUCAUUGCAACAAACUAGUGCAUCAUUGCGUGGUAGUAAUCCACCAACUGUUAGUCAAUUAACUGGUCUCCCAGAUUCAAUAGAAGGUGCUUUGGAAAUUGCUGAAAUUCUUUAUCAUCACAAAUUGAAUCCACCAAAUCCAAGUGGACCUAUACCAGAAGUUAAUAAUACUGUACCAGCGUUUGAUCCUUUGUUUCCAUCGCCUCUUACAGAGAAUGUUGACCAUUGUUCAAAUACGAAUAAUCCAUCUGUGGACAAUGUUUCAAAUUUGGAACCAUCUGUCAUUUUAACUUCUGGAAUAGGAGAUGAUAAGGUGGAGACAACAGAAAUGUCAGUUCAUUCUCCAAGUUCUACUGUAAUAUUUUUGAAUCGUGCAAAAAACUCUAAAAAUGUCAAUAUUAAAGAUGAUGUAUUAAAUCCUGAAUUGCAUCCUUUUGUUCAAGCUCAAUUGGAGGUAUUACGUUUAAUGCCUGAUAUUAUUUCAAGUAUAGCAUUCCUUUGGAAUACUCUUAAUCAAUCACCAUUUUGUCAAUUACAUAAAGGAAACUUCUACAAAUCUACUUGUACAAUGACUAGUCGUUAUCCAGAUAAAGAACAUUGGUCGUUGUUAAAUUCACCUAUUCCUUCUGAAAGUUUAUCUCCAUUAAUUAGCCUUGGUUCAGCUACUCUUGUUCGUGGCGCUAUUCGUCGACUAUUAAAGCCUAUCGCAACACAACAUCCAGAUCUCUUAUUGGUAACAACCGCUGUAGCUUGGCCAAAUACAACUUUUGAUAUUGAAACUGGUGGUCUACUUGCUGGAUUCGAUUCACUAAUAAACUAUGGCCCAUUGGAUAUGCUUAUACCUAUAAGAACAAAAAGAGAUAAUGGUACUUCAGAAAUUUACUCCAUUCCAUUACAUCAUAAACAAUAUAGUUUAUUAGAUUUAAUUAGUGGUCAAACUUAUGAUGAUAAACAUUAUGGUUCUAUAUUAUCAUCUACAAUAUUAAUUAAUCAUUUACGUGAUAUUCUACGUCGUCCAAUGAAUAAUUCAUUUUUAUUACCAAUUAUUAAUACUAUUCAAUUACAAUAUAAUUUCACUUCAUUAUCAUCAUCAUUAAUGAAUUCAUAUUCACCAUUACAAGAAAUGAAUACAUCAUUAAUAACAAAUGGAUAUAAAUCAAAUACAAAUUCUGGAGUAAAUUUAAUACGUUUACAAACGAAUUUAUUACAUUUAUUUUAUGCAUGGCUUAUUAUGAAACCAGAUUUUAUAUCAUCUGAUUUAUUAUUAAUAUUAAUACGUGAUUUAAUUAAUUUACCAACAAUAAUUAAUUAUAAUAAUAUAAAUUUAAUGAAUAUAACAACAACAUCAACGACAACCAGUACGACUAACACUAAUAGUACUAAUAGUAGUAGUACUACAUUGGGUCUUUCACCAGCAGGAAUAUUCAUUCUUAUCAAAAUCUUCAGUAAAUUUUUAGAAACAGCUAAUUUUAGCGAUGAUAAACGAGAACAAAAAGAGUUACAGGAAUUAUGUCAUCGAUUACUUGAAACGACAGCUUCUAUUGCUGCAUCUGCCUUGCAUCAACCAUCAUGGUUUCGUAAAACUUUACAAGUUCGUCAACUCGAUGGUGAUUUGACCAAUUCAUUUACAUAUUCCCAACCUUUAAAUUCUAUCGAUCUAACUGAUCGUACAUCCCUUUCAGGAUCGGAUGUUUUUGAAUCGAUUAAUAAAUCUGAUCGACUAGGAAAUGGAUCAUCAGAUUUAGCAAAUUCACAUUCUAUUGGACAACUUAACAAUGCAAGUGAUGUAUUGAAUGAUUUAGAGCAAUCUUCUAUAAAAGAUUUAUAUGAUAAAUCAAUGUCAAUACCAUGGCCUUCAUCAUGUUAUUCAAAAUCACGGCAUUUGUAUAAAAGUGAUGAAAAAGAUCGUGUAACAACAUUUUUAAACAAUAUUUUGUGCAAUAUUUUUCCUUAUCUUCGUGUUCGAACAUUAAGUAAUUCAGAUCAUUUUACUGUAGCCAGCAAACUAAUUGCAUCGAUCAGUAGUUAUCAAUAUACACGUAAAUCAUGGCGUCGUGAUGUUUUGGAUUUAUUUUAUGAAUCAGUAUUUUUUCAAAUGAGUCCAAUUGCUUUACAAAGUUGGAUUUUAAUCAUUGAUAAUUUAAUGACACAAGAUAAAAGUACAUUUAAAGAAGCAUUAGCUCGUCUUGUAUUCGCUCAACCGGGUGGUUUAAAUUUAUUUACUAGUAAAGAGAGUGAAUAUGAUCUACGUGCUGCCUGUUUGAAAAAAUUAUCUUAUCUAGUCUAUGCAAGUGAACCGGAUCAAUAUGCGAAAGCAAUGCCUGAUUUAUUAGAACGUCUUGCUGAAUGUCUACGUUUAGGUCAAGGUAUAAUUCCAGUGGUUCAUACUCAAGUGUUUUUAUUUGCUCGUGUCUUAAUAUCUCGUAUGUCAGCUAUACAAUUGAAUUCUUUAUGGCCUAUAGUUGUACCAGAAUUGUUGUAUCUUUCUCUACGAUUAAUAUCGUUUCUUCCGUUCCUUUCCGAUGUUCUAACACAAAUUGAAAAAUUACAAGAAGUUGACAUAUCGAAUGGUAUUGAUAUGACAUCUAUGGAAAGUUCAUCUACUUUAUAUCAAAGUUGUUUCAGUAUUUUGGCUUUAGAUAAACUUGUCAACAUUUAUACACUGAAACCAUUCUUUGAAAGUUUACAUAACAGUUCAAAUGUUGAUUCAUUACGAAAUUCAUUCAAUGAUAUCCCAGUACUUGAUGGCUUCCUUCUUGAACUAGCUAUAGAAGCAUCUUUAGCUCAAGACUUUCCUGAAACUAUUGCAUCUAGAUAAUAAUAAUAACAUCCAUUUACAUCUUGAUUAUUAUGAUUAUCAUACUUAUUAUACAGAUUUACACUACCUCUUAUCCAACCAAUGAAAAUUUAAGAAACAACUUUGAAUAUUUAUGUUACUUGGUCUAUUGAAAUCACAUAAUCGAACUUGUGCACCUAUUGUCUUUCUAACCUUCUCACUUUCUUUAUGGUUUCUUUCUUCGUUUUGUACACAAACAUCUUAAAAUUUAAGAAAUUUUAUUAUUCAAUAUGUUGUUGCUUUUGUUUGUUUGUUUGUUUGUUUGUCCUGUUGAUUCAUCUAAACACAUUACGUAAUCUAAACCCAUCAUUAAGGCUGUGGCUUUCUCUAUUUCUCAUCUUAGUUGUCGAUUUUCUUUCUCCAUCCUACUACUAUUACUAGUACCAAUACUACUACUAAUACUACUACUGCUACUACAACCACUCAUACUACUACUUUAUAAUGAAUUACCCUUAUAUAUGCUUGUAAGAUUGUUUCUUCCUUUUUAUAUCAUCACUUACUACAUGAUGAAUAUUUGUUCUACUAUAAAUACAAUUGUAAUUGCUAUUGUAUUCCAACAUUAACUGGUUUGAGUAAUAUAACAGAAAGACACCAAUUUCCAAAGAAUAUGAAAGAUGCAAAGAUAUCAUCAUUCCUAAAUCAUCAAACAAAUGUGAUACAUAAAGGAUCCUAUUUCUUUCCAUUCAACAUUAUUGUUUCAUUUCAAUGUUUAUGUAUUUGUUUCUAUGUGAAUAUAUUAUUAAAGUCUAUGA